AUGUUAAGGUCAAAGCUUAAGAGUUUGUCCAGUUACCAAGGGAACAAAUAUACAGUAAAGCUGUGGUCAGAUUGCAAGUAUUAUACCAAUAUCAGCUUCUACGUGGUGUUUGAUUCUGCUCAGAGCUUCCUUGAGGAUCUAAUCCCAAGCUUUGUCAAUGUGGUGCAAGUACCGGACUCAUUCCAGCCGGCCCAUACCAAGUAUAAAGGAAGCGCUCUGGAGUGGGUUUGUCGACGACUGAAAUUAUCAGAGACUGAUUGGGUUCUCCACCUAGAUGAAGAAACCGAGGUCAAUGAAAGACGUUGGGAUGUGGCUGAAGACUUUGGUCGCUUCCAACUUCCAGUCCGACUUUUCAAACGUCCGCUACUUGGUUGGAUGCACGGAUCGUUCAUAUUGAUCAACGGCGCUGUGGAGAAUGCCGUGACUUGGGAAACUGAUUGUCUUGCUGAAGACUUUUGGUUUGCUUUUCAUGUGUGCUCUCUAGCUGGCCUGAUCGUGGAGAACUAG